CUCCGAACUGCAGGUGGCAAUAAAGCUCUUUUACAGGCGCUUGGCGGCUAUUUACAAUCAAAGAAGAAGUGGGCCACGAAAGUAUGAUCACGCGACAGUUUUCAAAAUGGGUACUCAAGUGAAAGACGUCUUCAUCAGCCCUGACGCCCCCAAGACGCUCCUGCUGGACAAACAUGCUGACUACAUAGCCGCCUAUGGCUGCAAGAAGGACGACUAUGAGUACACGCUGUCCGAGUAUUUGCGCAUGAGCGGAAUCUACUGGGGUCUGACGGUGAUGGACCUGAUGGAUCAGCUGCCCCGCAUGAACCGCCAGGAGAUUGUGGACUUCAUCAAAUCCUGUCAGCACGAGUGUGGCGGCGUCAGCGCCAGCGUGGGCCAUGACCCCCACCUGCUCUACACGCUCAGCGCCGUGCAGAUUCUGUGCUUGUACGACAGCGUGGACGCGCUGGACGUGGACAAAGUGGUGGAGUACGUCAAAGGCCUGCAGCAAGACGACGGCUCCUUCGCGGGGGAUAAAUGGGGGGAAAUAGACACACGGUUUUCCUUCUGUGCAGUGGCCACGCUGGCAUUACUGUGCAAGAUGGACGCCAUCAACCUUGACAAGGCGGUGGAGUUUGUACUGUCUUGUAUGAACUUUGAUGGAGGUUUCGGCUGCAGGCCGGGUUCCGAGUCUCACGCAGGCCAGAUAUACUGCUGUACGGGCUUCUUGUCUCUGACGGGGCAGCUGCACCAGCUCAAUGCAGACCUGUUGGGUUGGUGGCUCUGUGAGAGGCAGCUGCCCUCUGGAGGCCUCAAUGGGCGCCCCGAGAAGCUCCCAGACGUUUGUUACUCCUGGUGGGUCCUCGCUUCCUUAAGAAUCAUCGGCAAGAUUCACUGGAUCGACAAGGACAAGUUGCGCAGCUUCAUCCUGGCCUGCCAGGACGAGGAGACGGGAGGUUUCGCCGACCGUCCGGGAGACAUGGUGGAUCCUUUCCACACUCUCUUCGGAAUCGCCGGCCUCUCCCUACUCGGAGACGAGCAGAUUAAAGCGGUAAAUCCUGUGCUGUGCAUGCCGGAGGACGUCCUGCAGAAGUUAUGUCUGCAGCCGGAGCUCCUCAGCUAGCCUCCCUCCUCAUCCCCUUGGUAACAAUUGCUAACAUCUUACACAGACAUACAACAACAGCCACAGAUGGAUGUUGGCAGCAGAAACACCUUAAGUUACAGUACCAAUGAUUGUCACACACACACUAGGUGUGGUGGAAUUUCUCAUCUGCAUUUGACCCAUCCCCUUGUUCACCCCCUGGGAGGUGAGGGGAGCAGUGGGCAACAGCGGUGGCCGCGCCUGGGAAUCAUUUUUGGUGAUUUAACCCCCAAUUCCAACCCCUUGAUGCUGAGUGCAAAGCAGGGAGGUAAUGGCUCCCAUUUUCAUAGUCUUUGGUACGACUUAACAACCUACCGAUCUCAGAGCGGACACUCUAACCGCUCGGCCACCGAGUAGUAAUAAUCAAUAAAUAAAUACGCCAUCAUGCAAUCCAUCAUUCAGUCAGCGAUGGAAGAACUAACUAAACAUCCUGGAAAAAAAACAUUCCUAGAAGUGUUGACUUGCUCCCGUUAUCAUCUCGAUGCAUCUGCUUUGUUUAUAUGCUCAUUUUUGUCUCUAUCAAAGGUGAACAUAGCAUGCUAACCUUUAAUUAUGAACUGUGACCUUUGUCUUUGUCCAGAACGCAUUGCGCUGUUGCACAAUUCUGUGAAUAUGACCCUAACUUAUUUGUUUAUUUCACAAAUAAAUGUCCUAUUUACUUCC